CUUUGCUGCCGUCGCUCUCCAACACCAGUGCCAUUUCUAGCUUGCCGAGCUCAAGCCAAAGGAGAUGGGGGGUAAAUAAAGAGGUCUCUAUACCAUGGCUGGUACACAGCAGACUGCCCGCAAAUCAACCAGUGGUAAAGCACCAAGUAAGCAACUGGCUACAAAAGCCGCUCGCAAGAGUGCACCCUCUACUGGAGGGAUGAAGAAACCUCAUCAUUACAGGCCUGGUACCGUGGCACUUCACGAAAUUAGACAUUAUCAGAAGUCCACUGAACUUCUGAUUCGCAAACUUCCCUUCCAGCGACUGGUGUGGGAAAUUGCUCAGGACUUAAAAACAGAUCUGCGCUUCCAGAGUGCAGCUAUUGGUGCUUUGCAGGAGGCAAGUGAGGCCUAUCUGGUUGGCCUUUUUGAAGACACCAACUUACGUGCUAUCCAUGCCCAAUGUAUAACAAUUAUGCCAAAAGACAUCCAGCUAGCAUGCCGCAUACGUGGAGAACGUGCUUAAGAAUCCACUAUGAUGGGAAAUAUUUCAUUCUUUAAAAAAAAAA